AUGCUGGAAUCUAUUACGGAUAACAAGAAAUCAUCGACAAGUUCGGAUAUUUCUACAGUACCCCGAACUACAACAUACCAGCCAACACCGUCCAAUGUUGAAUAUUUACAAUUGUUGCAGAAAUUGCAACAAUAUGAACAGAAAUUGGCACAAUUACAAGAAACUCCAGCAGGUCUGCAUUUUCGGGGAAAAAUUGAAAAAAAUAUUUCGGAAUCAAAAAUCUUGAAAACUUUCAAGAAAUUAACAGAAAUUUUGAGCCUGGAAAAAUUGGAAAUGAAAAAUCACUCCUAAAACUGAUGACUCACAACAUAUUUAUUGUAUUUUUAAUAUGAAGAAUAGAGAAGUUCGGAGUUAUCAAAAAAAAUUGAAGAAAUAUUUUUAAUGGUGUGAUUUAAAUUGAAAAAAAUUAAAUUUUAGACCAAAUCUGUAAAUAUUCCGAACUUUGCUCAGAUCAGCUUUAGAAUGUUUCUGACAAAGUUUCAUUGCAACAUCUUAUUUCCGUAAAAUCAAUUUUCAGCGAGUUAUGAAAAGUUUCACUUGUUAGAAUUACUGUUUAUUGAUAAAUAGAUAAGAUUGAGCCCAACUAUUUUCAACGUCGGUGGAAAUAAACAUUUUUUCAUUUUCUAAUAAGUUUUAACCAAAAUUUUCGUGUCAACUUUCAAGUUUCACAACUUGGCCUAAUUAAAUUUUCCUGGAUAAUUUUUAACCGAAUUUUGCAUCAAUGAUUUUUCUUCCAGCAACAUCUGACACCACAAAUUCUAACCAACAACAACAACAACAACAAGUUCGUCGUCCAAACAAUCAGUGCUCCAAUGAUUCUGCCUCGUCCACCUCCUCCCACAGUAACUCGUCCCCCACCAUCCGCUUAUAUUCCACCAAAUUUCCAAAACCCAGAUGACGAGAUUUUCCGCGAAUUUAUCAGUCAAGUUGUGACGACAGCAAAUGAAUUGAGAGCAGCUAGAAAAAUCAAUGAAUAA